GAGAUAAAAUGAAGGAGAGCUCUGUGUUAAGAAUUGAAAACGAGGAGAUUGCUGUGAAAUCUGCUCCAUCAAUGAAAGAAGCCCCCCUCGUCUCUGAUUCAAUGGUGUAUCUAGCUAUGGUACUGAUAACCCUGAUAUUUCAGGUUUAUCUAGCUAUGGUACUGAUAACCCUGAUAUUUCAGGUGUAUCUAGCUAUGGUACUGAUAACCCUGAUAGCUUUGAUAGUUACUGGUGUCAAAAUACAAAUAGUUGAUUCCUUUCAGGAUGCGGACAACGGACCUACGUUCAAACCUCUUCAACAACAAGUCAGAACGAAUAUAAUGUAUACUGGGAAUGGAUUUAUGCCACCAGACCAUCUUUUCUUUCAUUCACAGGGUGAAAUCAGUGAUAGAGCUAACCUAUCUAUAAGAAUCCUGAAAUCUGGCAGAACUGUUCAGAAUCCUUAACUCCUUGGUUUUUUUAAAAGGAGUGUUAAGAUAUUUGAAUAAAAACUUAAUAUACCAUUUUAGAGAUUUCAGA